CAACGGCUUCCUCUCUCUCUCUCCAUUGAGAGACAGGAGGGGAAAGCUUCCUUGCGGCCGAGGUCCAGCUUUCCUGUGUCUGGGCUCGUGGCUCCGAUAUCUGCAGAAGGACAGCGGAGAAGACCUCCUUGGCCUGGCCAGCCUUCCGAGACCCCUUGGAGAUCACGGCACUCUUUUUGCCUUGGCGGUGGGAUGUUGUGAAGCUGGAGAGCGGCACGGAUUGGGAGCUUCUGCCGCUCGACUCUUCUAUGUGGGCACCGGUCUCUUGCCACGGCUGUGCUCCGGAGGGAUGAAGUGCCCACCGACGUUACUGGACAACACUAUUGUCUAAAACGGCAGAUCAAGGCUCGGAAAAAAAUGCAACCUUUUCAGCUUGCCACCAGCUCGGCUCUGCUCCAAGUGCAGGAAGGUGGAUAAAGCACGGCAUCGUGGAAGUCUCGACCCGAUUCUUAUAUGGGUUACGUUUCUUUGUGUGAUCAGACAUACCUUGGAAUCUGACUUUGAGAAUGAAUGGCGAUGUUCUCUAGCCUCCCAUAACAGCAUCUUGUGCUUGCUCUCCACCUAAAUGCACUACGCUUGACCGGGACUCUUCCGCCUCCCGCCACGAGUGCGACGGUCAGAUAUGACUGUCCAGAAACUGGUCGCCACCGCUGUGUUGGUCGCUCUGGUCUCGCUGGUCCUCAACAAUGCCGCGGCUUUCACCCCCAACUGGGUCUACCAGGCCCUGGAGGACGGGCGCAAGCGCAGCGUGGGGCUGUGGAAGAUGUGCUGGAUGCCGGAGAAGGGGAAAGACGGGGCCGCCGGCACAAGCGCCCGGCACGGGACGGGGCCGGAGCAGGAGUGCGAGCCUCUCGGCUGGGGCACAGAGCCCGCCGGGUUCCAGGAGUCCCGGAGCACCGUCAAACUGCAGUUCGACAUGAUGCGGGCCUGCAACAUGAUUGCCACGGUCGCUUUGACCGCCGGUCAGCUCCUCUUCGUCAUGGGACUGGUCGAACUGCCCAUCAUCCCUCAGGAUACGCAAUGGUGGGAAGAAGCCACUGCCGCCGUCUUUCAGCUGGCCAGUUUUGUGCUGGUCAUUGGGCUGGUGACCUUCUACCGCAUCGGGCCCUACACGACGCUGUCCUGGUCCUGCUACCUGAACAUUGGGGCCUGCCUGCUGGCCACCCUGGCCGCGGCCAUCCUCAUCUGGAACAUCCUCCACCGGCGGGAGGACUGCAUGGCCCCCCGGGGGGUCAUCGUCAUCAGCCGCACCUUGACCGCUCGCUUCCGGCGAGGCCUGGACAACGACUACGUUGAGUCGCCUUGUUGAGAAGAUUUUAAAAACGGAUUCUAUAAAUACGCCACUUAAUUUAAAUCCUGAAAUAACUAUGACAUUCACAUGUCUACUCAAGAAGCCCAACGUUAUUAUUGGAAUGGGCGACAUCUAUAUAUAUAAAAGGGUAAUAGCGUUUCGGCCUAGGACAAAACAACAAAACUACACAUCCCAGAAACACUACACUUGGCAGCACAACCCCUCAUCCAUGCCUCUACGUUCAUACAACAAAAAGCUCCAGCUACUCCAGAAAACGGCCAGGCUUUGAGACUGCAAGGCUAUUCCCUGCUAUUCCACCUGGCCAACAAAGGAUUCCCAUAAGCCACAGCAACACGUGGCCAGGCAAAGCUAGUCUAGCUAUAAUAUGCCCCUGGUGUAGUGUAAAAUACUAACCACUCACUAAACCACCCUGAUGGAAUGCCAGUCAAAAGAUAGAUGAUUCAAGCUGUGACGUUUUGUGUGAAAAUGGGGGGGAGAAAGGCCAUUCAACAGUCCAAGAGCCCGACCUUCUAUGAAAAGUAAAGCAGCCUGUAUCCCACAACACGCAAACAAGCGCAAGGGUUCAGCUCAAAAGUUAUCUCUUUUCACAACCAACAACUGAACAGUCCGAAAGACAAAAACAACAAUUUAACCCGAGUCACUAUUUGCAUUUACUCGAAUCAAUUUGCAAUGUUUUUGUAACAUUUCAUGGGAUGCCCUGAAUUUGAGUGCAUAAAAAAAUAUUUCUGUAUCAAA